AAAAAAAAAAAAAAAAGAAAGGAUAGAUAAAUAAAUAAAUAAAGAUGGGUUGUUGUAUGAGUCAGGAAGAACAGGAAGGGAAAAGGAUAAAUGAAGAGAUUGAAAGUCAACUUAGAAGAGAUAAGCUUAAGAUGCGCAAUGAAAUUAAAAUGCUUUUACUUGGUGCUGGUGAAUCCGGAAAAUCAACGAUUCUUAAGCAGAUGAAACUCAUUCAUGAUGGUGGUUAUUCCCCAGAAGAAAGAGAAUCUUUUAAAGAAAUAAUCUUUUCUAAUACUGUACAAUCUAUGAGGGUCAUUUUAGAAGCAAUGGAAACUAUGUCAAUAAAAUUUCGUGAUGGAAACAAUAAGAAACAUUCCGAUACUAUUUUGAAUUUACCCAAUCAAAUUGAAGGUGAUCAUUUACCUCAAGAAGUUGCCAUAGCUAUUAAAAUUUUAUGGACUGAUAGUGGUGUUCAAGAAGCGUUCAAUCGUUCACGAGAAUAUCAAUUGAAUGAUUCCGCAAAAUACUAUUUUGAUACAAUCGAUGCUAUUGCUAAGCCAGAUUAUCUCCCUUCCGAUCAAGAUGUGCUUAGAUCUCGCGUAAAGACAACUGGUAUUACGGAAACCACAUUCUUGAUCGGAGAACUCACUUAUCGUAUGUUUGAUGUUGGUGGUCAACGUUCUGAACGUAAAAAAUGGAUUCAUUGUUUCGAAAAUGUCACAGCCAUCAUAUUCUUGGUAGCUAUUUCUGAAUAUGAUCAAUUAUUAAUGGAAGAUGAGACUGUGAAUCGUAUGCAAGAAGCUUUAACAUUAUUUGAUUCAAUUUGUAAUUCACGAUGGUUUGUUAAAACGUCAAUAAUUUUGUUUUUAAACAAAAUUGAUAGAUUCAGAGAAAAAUUACCAAGAUCACCAAUGAAUAAAUUUUUCCCAGAUUAUGAAGGUGGAAAUAAUUAUGAAGCAGCUUGUGAUUAUAUAUUAGAUCGCUUCGUAUCAUUAAAUCAAUCAGAUGUUAAACAAAUUUAUACACACUUUACUUGUGCCACUGAUACACAACAAAUUAAGUUUGUUAUGGCUGCUGUUAAUGAUAUUAUUAUUCAAAAUAAUUUACGUGAAGUUGGUUUAUUAUAAAUCAAUCAAUCAUUUAUUUACAUAAUUUUUAUUUUAAACAUAUACGUAGAUAUUUAAUUUAACAUUAAAAAUUUAUUUAAACCAUAUUUUCAUGCUCUUGUCAAAUCCUUUAUUAUAUUAUAAUUUCUUAAAUAGUUUUAAUUUUUUUUUUUUUUAAAAAAAAAG